GGUAAAGCGGCGCCUGUGGCCUCAGGAGCUCUUGGGUCUCUGGCUGGAGGUGGGGGACUUGCCGGUUUCUUUGCAAUAUCUCUAGAUAUGGAUUUAUUUAUGCUGCUUUUAUUUGGUGUGCUCCCUUCAGCCUGAAGACUUGCAUCAUCUUCAAUUGUGGAAAACUAUCCUACUCAUCAUUUAAAAUAACACUUCUCCAUUUUCCGUAUCUGGAACCAUUAUUUAGGGAAUCAUUUAAUACUUCACAUUAGAAGAAAUAUGUGAAAGUUCCUGCCAACCUGUGAGAAUUUCUUCCUUCGGCCAUUUUUUUGUUCUACUUACUAGACAACUUUCUCAGAAGUUCUUUUUUGAUGCCAUGUUUUGUGGCUCACAUCAAAAGAGGAGUUUGUCUUCAUGAAGAUUCCUAACAUUGGUAAUGUGAUGAAUAAAUUUGAGAUCCUUGGGGUUGUAGGUGAAGGAGCCUAUGGAGUUGUACUUAAAUGCAGACAUAAGGAAACUCAUGAAAUUGUGGCAAUCAAGAAAUUCAAGGAUAGUGAAGAAAAUGAAGAGGUCAAGGAAACGACCUUACGAGAGCUUAAAAUGCUUCGUACUCUCAAACAGGAAAACAUUGUGGAGCUGAAAGAAGCCUUUCGUCGGAGGGGGAAAUUAUAUUUGGUGUUUGAGUAUGUGGAAAAAAAUAUGCUCGAGUUGCUGGAAGAAAUGCCAAAUGGAGUUCCACCUGAAAAAGUAAAAAGUUAUAUCUAUCAGCUAAUCAAAGCUAUUCACUGGUGCCAUAAGAAUGAUAUUGUUCAUAGGGAUAUAAAGCCAGAAAAUCUCUUAAUCAGCCACAAUGAUGUUUUGAAGCUGUGUGACUUUGGUUUUGCUCGGAAUCUAUCAGAAGGCAAUAACGCUAAUUAUACAGAGUAUGUGGCCACCAGGUGGUAUCGAUCCCCAGAACUCUUACUUGGAGCUCCCUAUGGAAAAUCCGUAGAUAUGUGGUCAGUGGGCUGUAUUCUUGGGGAGCUUAGUGAUGGACAACCUUUAUUUCCCGGAGAAAGUGAAAUUGACCAGCUCUUUACCAUUCAGAAGGUGCUAGGACCACUUCCAUCUGAGCAGAUGAAGCUCUUCUACAGUAAUCCUCGUUUCCAUGGGCUCCGGUUUCCAGCUGUUAACCAUCCUCAGUCAUUGGAGAGAAGAUAUCUUGGAAUUUUAAACAGUGUUUUACUUGACUUAAUGAAGAAUUUACUGAAGUUGGACCCAGCUGAAAGAUACUUGACAGAACAGUGUUUGAAUCACCCUGCGUUUCAAACCCAGAGACUUUUGGAUCGUUCCCCUUCAAGGUCAGCAAAAAGAAAACCUUACCAUGUGGAAAGCAGCACUUUGUCUAAUAGAAAUCAAGCCAGCAAAAGUACUGCUUUGCAGUCUCAUCACAGAUCUAAUAGCAAGGACAUCCAGAACCUAAGUGUGGGUCUGCCCCGGGCUGAAGAAGGUCUACCCGCCAGCGAAAGCUUCCUCAAUGGAAACCUUGCUGGAGCUACUCUUAGCCCCAUGCACACCAAAACCUAUCAAGCAAGCAGCCAGCCUGGGUCCACCAGCAAAGAUCUUACCAACAACAACUUAACACACCUUCUCAGCCCAAAAGAAACCAAGUCAAAGUCUGAGUUUGAUUUCAAUAUUGACCCAAAGCCUUCAGAAGGCCCGGGCACAAAGUACCUCAAGUCAAACACCAGAUCACAGCAGAACCGGCACUCAUUUAUGGAAAGCUCUCAGAGCAAAGCCGGAACACUGCAGCCCAGUGAAAAGCAGAGUCGACACAGCUACAUUGACACCAUUCCCCAGUCCUCUAGAAGUCCUUCCUACCGGACCAAGACCAAAAGCCACGGGGCAUUGAGUGACUCUAAGUCUGUGAGCAACCUUUCCGAAUCCAGGGCCCAAAUUGCAGAGUCCAACACCAAUAGGUAUUUCCCAUCCAGCUGCUUGGACUUGAACUCUCCAACAAGCCCAACCCCCACCAGGCACAGCGAUACAAGAACUUUGCUCAGCCCCUCUGGAAGAAAUAACCGAAGUGAGGGCACUCUGGACUCACGCCGAACCACAGCCAGGCAUUCAAAAACGAUGGACGAAUUGAAGCUACCAGACCACGUGGACAGCAGCCAUUCUCAUUCACUGUCUGCACCUCAUGAAUCCUUUUCUUAUGGACUGGGCUACACCAGCCCCUUCUCCUCCCAACAGCGUCCACAUAGACAUUCCAUGUAUGUGACCCGGGACAAAGUGAGAGCCAAAGGCUUGGACGGAAGCUUGAGCAUAGGGCAAGGGAUGGCAGCCAGAGCCAACAGUCUGCAGCUCUUAUCACCCCAGCCCGGGGAACAGCUCCCUCCAGAGAUGACUGUGGCAAGAUCUUCCGUUAAAGAACCCUCCAGAGAAGGCAACUCUGCAUUCCACACGCGGCAGAAAUCUGAGGGUGGAGCAUAUCAUGACCCCCACUCUGAUGAUGGCACUGCCCCCAAAGAAAAUAGACAUCUGUACAAUGAUCCUGUUCCAAGGAGAGUUGGCAGCUUCUACCGAGUGCCAUCUCCACGUCCAGAUAAUUCUUUCCACGAGAAUAAUGUGUCAGCCAGAGUUUCUUCCCUGCCUUCGGAAAGCAGUUCGGGAACUAACCACUCAAAAAGACAACCAGCGUUCGAAACAUGGAAAGGACCUGAAAACAUUAGUCAUUCUGAACAACUCAAAGAAAAGGAAAAACAAGGUUUUUUCAGGUCAAUGAAAAAGAAAAAGAAGAAAUCUCAAACACUGUCCAAUUCUGAAGGCCCUGAUCUUCUGACAUUGCAGAAAGCCAUUCACUCUAACACCACAACUGGCAGACCAAAGGAGUGGCGUCCUGAGAAGAUCUCUGAUCUACAGCCUCAAAGCCAGCCAUUAAAAUCAUUGCGCAAGCUGUUGCAUCUCUCUUCAGCUUCCAAUCACCCGGCUACUGGGGACCCGCGCUUCCAGCCCUUAACACCUCAACAAGUCAAAAAUGCCUUCUCGGAAAUUCGGAUUCACUCCCUGGCCCAGGCCUCUGGCGCGAGCAGUAACAUCCGGCAGGAGCCCACACCAAAGGGCAGGCCAGCCCUUCAGCUGCCAGGUCAGAUGGACCCUGGUUGGCACGUGUCCUCUGUGACCCGGAGUGCCACAGAAGGGCCUUCCUACUCUGAACAGCUGGGAGCCAAGAGCGGGCCAAAUGGGCACCCUUAUAACAGAACAAAUCGGUCUCGAAUGCCAAAUCUAAAUGAUUUAAAAGAGACGGCCUUGUAA